GAGCGUGGAGGAGAGUGCUUGAAGGAGCCUGUUGAGGAGCGGAUGUGAGGGAGGACAGUAAAAUCAUAGGCAUCAGGAGAGGGCUUGAUAUAAAGGCUGACUGGGACAAGCUGACGCUCAGACUGGUGGAGCUGCUCAUCUUAAAGCACACUUCCUUAAGCGACUGACUAAGGCUGACGACACAGCAGAAUGAGCAUGCGUGGAGCAGUGGCUGGUUGCUUGGUGCUGGUGUGCCUGGUGAUGCUGCUGGCUGAGAGGACAGAGGGACACAUCACCUUCUUCAGCCCAAAGGAGAUGAUGCUGAUGAAGGAGCGUGAAGGUAGAAAGGACAUGGAACCUCGAUCGGAGGAUGGUCAGUUUGAUGAGGUCACAGUCCAACAGCUACCUCAGGCUGAACGUGGUGGAAAUCCUGAUAAAACAGUGGAGAUUGCUGUCCGUCUUUCACCUAAACAGCUGGAUCAUGUGGCGCCGGUGCUCAAGGAGAUCAUCCAUGAAAUAGUGGAGGAACGUCAGAAAGCCAAAUAGCGAGGCCAAAGACUCGAGGGAGGGGAUGGACGCUGUACAAAUUCUUCAAAAAGCAGUGAAUGCUCAAAUGUUUUAUUAUGUUUUAAUGAAUCAGUCAAUAAAGGGAAGUGAUUGUGUCACGUA